AUGACUUUGAAUUCUCGUGAGGAGGAAGAUGAUGAAAUAGCUAUCAUUGAGAAAGAAAGCAAGAAAAGGUCCAUCAAUGUAGGACUCGUUGACCAAUUUGCAAAGUCAAUUAAAGUAGAUGAUGCUUCUAUGAGUGCAAGAAAGAAAAUGAGGCAACAAAAUAUUAAUGAUGCAAUUGCUAAGAAAAGAUUACUUGAAGUCCAUCAAUAUUUGGCAAGAUGGGUAUAUGAAGUUGGAUUUCCUUUCCAUGCAAUUGAGCAUGAUAGUUUUAAAAGAUUUGUUGAGGCUUUAGGACAAUAUGGUCCAAGUUAUAUCCCUCCUUCUCAAUACCAAUUACGAGAGCCACUUUUAAAAGGAGAGGAAGUUUCAAAUGAUGCUCACACUGCCCAAUACAUAUUUGAUUAUAUUAAUGCAUGUAUUAUUGAGGUUGGGCCUCAAAACGUGAUUCAAACUGUGAGUGACAAUGCUUCAAAUAAUAUGGCAGCCACAAAACUGUUAGCAUUAGAAAGACCCAAUAUAUUUUGGAUAUCAUGCGCCACUCACACAAUAAAUCUUAUGCUUGAAGGAAUUUCUAAACUUCCUAUGUUUAAUGGAGUGAUCAAAAAGGCAAAUUCUUUCACUAUUUUCAUUUAUGCACAACACAAAACUUUGGCAUUGAUGAGAAAGUUUACAAAAAGUGAGAUAGUUAGGCCAGGAGUCACUAGAUUUGCAAGCUCUUUCCUAACAUUACAAAGUUUGCUAGACAAGAAGCAAGAGUUGAGAAAUAUGAUGACUAGCAAUGAAUGGGAUAACACUAAAUGGUCUAGGAGUAAAAAGGGGAAAAAGGCUUUUGAUAUUGUUGUUCCAAAUGAUUUUUGGAACUCGAUGGAUUUGUGCUUGCGGAUAUUCACUCCAUUGGUAAAAGUUCUUACACUUGUUGAUGGAGAGGAGAAACCAUCCAUGGAUUUUGUGUAUGGAGAGAUAUUGAAUGCAAAAGAGGAAAUUCGAAAAAUAUUCAAGGAAGAAAAUGAUUAUUUGACGAUUUUAAACAUUAUUGAUUCCCAAAGCAAGGAUCGUCUUGAUGCAUGGUCCGCUUCAUACCACAGCUUAUCUUUUGAAUUCAUAUUACUUCUUCAAGAAUCAAAGUAUAAAAGAUGA